AUCCUAAUUGUGUACUCACCCCAAUGUGUGUUAUGUGUGCGUGCGUGCGUGUGUGUGUGCAGACCGAGGACGGCGAGGAGGAGAACCUGUUGGAGAAUCCGUUCUCCUUGGAGCUAGAGUUUGUGGACGACCCCAACUUCAAGAACAAGGUCAACUACUCUUCCAGCGCUGUGCAGAUCCCAACCGACAUCUACAAGGGCUCUCCCACCAUCCUGAACGAGCUGAACUGGACCCAGUCCCUGGAGAGGCUCUUCAUCGAUAACCGACGCGAGGACAGCUCCCUGCGCUGGCAGGUGUUUGGCAGCGCCACCGGAGUGACCAGAUACUACCCAGCCACUCCGUGGAAGGCGCCGAAUAAGAUUGACCUUUACGACGUCCGCCGGAGACCAUGGUACAUCCAAGGAGCUUCGUCUCCAAAGGACAUGGUGAUCAUAGUCGAUGUGAGUGGCAGUGUGAGCGGCCUCACUCUGAAGCUGAUGAAGGCGUCUGUGAUGGAGAUGCUGGAGACUCUGACUGACGACGACUACGUGAACGUGGCCAGCUUCAGCGAAAAGGCAGAGGCCCUGGUUCCCUGCUUCAAGAACCUGGUCCAAGCCAACAUCCGCAACAAAAAGAUCUUCAAGGAGGCGGUCUUUCACAUGCAGGCCAAAGGAACCACGGACUACAAGUCUGGCUUCACCUUUGCCUUCGAGCAGCUCCUCAACACACACCGGGGGGACCCGCUGGUGACCUGGCACUAUUUUGAAUCACUGCUGCCAAACAGUUUUGAGUCCGAGGGACAUGUGUUCAUAGCUCCCAGGGAAUACUGCAACGAGCUGGAGCUGGCCAGCAACAACACCGAGUUCCUGUUCAACUUCAUCGCUCUCAUGGAGAAGGUGACGCCAGACUCCAAACAAUGUGACAAUCUGCUGCUUCAUAACCUGAUCCUUGACACUGGCAUCAUUGGACAGCUGGUGGACAAAGUGUGGAAGAACAAAGACUUGAACACGUACGGCUUCUUGGCAGUGUUUGCGGCGACUGACGGAGGCAUCACCAGAGUGUUUCCCAACAAAGCGGCCGAGUCGUGGGAGGAAGACCCCGAGCCCUUCAACGCCAGCUACUACCGCCGCAGCCUGGACAACAAGGGCUACAUCUUCAGAGCGCCUUAUCGAACAGUGAGAGACGACCUCCUCAACCCGGAGAACGACACCAUAGGGGUGCUGGUGAGCACGGCGGUGGAGAUCAGUGUGGGCGGGAAGACCAUCAAACCUGCAGUGGUCGGAGUGAAGCUGGACCUCGAGGCGUGGACAGACAAGUUUAAGAUUCUGGCUAGCAACCACACGGACCGCCAGGGCUCCAACGCGUGCGGACCCCACAGCGCCUGUGAAAUGGACUGCGAGGCCAACAGCGAAGACCUCCUCUGUUACCUCCUAGACGACGGUGGGUUCCUCAUCAUGUCCAAUCAGAAGGAGGACUGGAACAAGGUGGGCAUGUUCUUCAGCGAGGUGGAGCCCUACCUGAUGUACGCGCUCUACAACAGCUCCUUCUACAACCGCAAGCAGUCCUACGACUACCAGUCGGUGUGCGAGCCCAUCCCCACCAGCAGCCACGGGGCAGCACCCAGGGGUGCCUUUGUGCCCACCAUCGCAGACUUUCUGAACAUGGCCUGGUGGACGUCUGCAGCGACGUGGUCCUUGUUCCAGCAGGUCAUCGCUGGCAUGGCGUACCAGAGUUGGUUCAUCACAGACGAGGUGCUGGCAGAGGGAAUGGAUUCCAGAGAGAGGGGCUGUGUAAUGAUCCAGACACAGUACUACUUCACCAACCUGAACAGCACAUUCAACAUGCUGCAAGACUGUGGCAACUGUUCAAGGCUGAUCCACGCCAAGAAGAUCAACAACACCAACCUGCUGUUUGUGGUGGCGGAGAAGAUGCCCUGCAACGGCUGUGAGAUUGACAAGCUGUCCCAGGAGGAGGAGGAGUACAAGGACCUUAAUCCGUGUGAUGAGGUGGCUCGCUACAGGAAAGGCCCGUCCAUGUGCUUCGACAACAACCAAUCUGAGAACACGUCGGACUGUGGGCGGGGCCACUCGUUCGGCCCCUCCCUCAUCACCCUCCUGGCCAUUCAGCUGCUGCUACUCUCCCAGCUGGCCAGCCCCAGCGCUCUCCUUGCUCUUCUCUAA